UGCCUUUUUCUUCUCAUAGCUGUGCAUGAAAGCAGCAGGGGACACACUGCGGGAGCAGAUGCAGUGCAUGAUGCAGACUCUUCAUAACCUUAAACGCAUGCAAGACCAGGCCCCACAACCAGAGCCUAUGAAGCCAGUAUCUGUUCCUGCCAAGCCUUGCCAGCAGCAGUGUACUGAAAUUCGGGCAUCAGACACCUCUGAGGUGGACUCAGCCUGCUGUUUGGAGCUGGCUGGUGAGGAAGAGGAGCGGGCACUACCUGCCUUGUCCCCACCUGCCAGUGAAAGGAGCCUGGAGUUCGACUCGGGUUAUUCAGAGGUGUCAGAGGGCACGUGGCAUGAGGAGGAGAGACCAGUGCUGCUCAGAAACCCUCUGCCCCCAUGUCAGCGGGCACACCGGCUCUCCGCAGGCAACUUCCUCUGUAGCAGCCCCAGCCAGGCCCCCAAUAGAAGGGUCCGGCCCAAAUCCACAUCUGAUGCCUGCCUAGAGCAGUGGCGGGUUCUGGAACCAGCAGAUGCACAGGACUGGACUGUUGCCCUGCUGUCGCAGAGCCGUAACCGGCAGCCAUUAGUGCUGGGGGACAACUGCUUUGCCGAUCUGGUGGAGAACUGGAUGGACUUGCCUGAAGUGGGUGCCGAGAGCUGCCGAUUGCAGCCUCCAGAGCCCCCACGCUGGCUAGGAAAGUCCCACGGCUUUCUGCUUAGCCUCUCGGGCAACGUCCGACGCAAGCUGGCCAGCAUCUCGCGUCCCAAAAUCCAUGAAGCCCCACGGCCUAGUGGACGUGACCCCUCUAGCACCAAGAGGUUUUCCUGCCCCCUUGGUUUUGGCGGGCGGCCCAAGGGGCCCUACCUCCAUCAGUCCCACAACAACAUUGCCCAGCUGGCCACAGACUUCAACUGCUUCGCUGCCCUCAUGAACAGCCGGAGCCGGCAGCCCAUCAUCUGCAAUGACAUCAUUGGCUACAUCUGAGCCCAGCCUAGCUCCUGCUCCACCUCCCCUACCUUGCAUCCUUCUAACCAAAGCCUAAAUUUUUUUUUACCACAGUCUGUAAAUAAAAUCUUUUUGUAAUGACAAA